AAAAUCGAUGUACGCUAUUUCCUCUGUUCUAUUUAUGUUUGCUCAAACAGUGUGAAAUUUUUGUCAACACCAUGGAUUCAGCAUUCAAAAGGGACAAGGAUAACAAGAAGACAGUGGUGUCAAAAUUUGAGUUAUUUAAGAAACCCAUCAACACUCAUAAUGUACUGUUUUACUACGUUCCAUUCUACGGAGCAGCGAGUUACAGUGCUUUAUCUGUUAAUGUUUUAAAUCCCGGCUUGGGAGUAAGGAUGUUCCCGAAACGUGAUGUGACAAAUAUAUUGCUGUUGUCUACGUUAAUUGGAACUGGUCUGUAUAUAUAUGACAGGAAGCACAUGAGAGCAGCACCGAAAAUUCCAAAAGUUGGAUACAGUGUAUUUGGAGCUCUAAUGUUCAGUUUUGGCUCUGUUCUGAUGUGGGCAGUAAUGAGGAGCAUUCUGCCAGAGAACAGUAUCAUUGCUACAACCUGUGGCAUAUCGUCAGCACUUGGAUUAGUAAAAGCCGGAACAAAUUAUUUGGAGUUUGUUGACUCACAGGUGAAAAACUGAGUUUUUUUUAUGAAAGUACCCUUUGUAUGUUAUGAAUUUUCGGAGUACAAUUAGAUAAUUUAGCUUCAAUGUAAAGGAGUCACCGAUUUCAUUAUGUGUUACCAUAUAAUAUUUACUGUUAUGUAAAUUUAAAAGUGCCAAGCAUUUUUCCCAGGUACAAAUUCUUAACUGUAGUCACUUUGAUCAAUGACUGCACCCUUAUUACAAAUGUAUUUCUUAUUAAAGAGGCAUGCUGAUUACACCUCAGAAAGCAACAGGAUAUUUUUCUGUGUAUACUUCCUUCGUGUAUUUUGUUGUGCUUUCCAAUUUUUAAAUAUUGAGGAAUGUUGUUUCCGGCAGUCACCCUCAUAUUUUUGUUUGUUGAAACUGGGUUGUAACAACCUUUUUUUUUUAAAAAAAAAAUUACAUCCUUGAAUAUGUUAUAUACCCAGGAAGGAUAUCUCCAUUUUGAAUAUGUAUUUUGUAAGUGUACAACCACUAUUAGCCUGAAAUAAAUGAAAUAAAAUGUUUUGAUGUGUAUUUGGAGUAGCUUCUCUUUGGGAAAAAAGGUACUACAAUGAACUACUUUACUGAAAAAUCGAAGAUAUCUCACAAAGAAUCUGCCUUUGACAGUAGCUUGAGACAUACUCUGUCAUAUGAAUCUAGGAAAUAACAUGUACUCUACAUAAACAAAAAUUAGUUGCCACAUGUAUGAAAGAUCACCACCUGAGAGUGGCUUGACCAAUUAUGGCAAGGUUUGUAUGAAAGAAAAUUUUUAGAAAAUCCAACAGAAAAGUUGGAAAUAAAUGUAAAUUACUGCAUGUAUGAAAUAUUAUCAAUUAAGAACAACACGUUAUCUUUAUUGUGUUUGUAAUUGUCGGGAUGAGAUAAGUAUGAAAGAAAAUUUUUGGAAAAUCCACUGGAAAAGUCAGAAAUUAAACUCAGUUGUGAAAGAUCAUCACCUGAGAAUGGCCCGAGUGAUUUUUGUUCAUCAUUGUGGGUGGAAAUGCUAUUUUUGGUAUGAAAAAGAAAAAAAAUCCAUUCAGUUUGAUGGUUCUGCUGUCGCACGUUUUCAAAAUAAAAAAAAUCAGUUUGAUAUAUACAGGGUGGAGAAAAAUUGUGUGAUGAAAUUUUAACCCUGGAUAGCUGAUGCCAGUAGGAACCAAAAUUACUAAUGUUGUGUAGGUCAACAACGCACCAUUUUUGAACUACGGAAACUUGACGCCAUGCGCUCAGAUUGGCUGUGGGAUUGUCCUGUUGCCGUUUGUCAGUUGACGGACAGCACCAUGGUUGUCAGUUCACAUAUACUAAUGUGCCUAUCACCGAGCCUUGGAUACUUCAUGAUCUCCGGCAGGCAGACCAUUCGUGGUCAUGCAUUGUCCAGAGCAUCUGGCAACAGGGCAAUCCCAUGGCCAAGUGGAGCGCGUGGCACCAAGUUUCCGUAGUUUAAAAAUGGUGUGUUGUUGACUUAAACAACAUUAAUAAUUUUGGUUUCUACUGGCAUCAGCUAUCAAGGAUUAAACUUUUGUGGCACAAUUUUUCUCUACCCUGUGUAUACAGGGUGUAUCAAAAAGAAUCAUCUGAUUUGGCACGUCUGUAUUUCUGAAACUAAUAAACAUAUACAAUGAUUUUUGUGUUUUGAUGAAUGGGAAACUCAAAAAGUUUUUUUUUUUUUUUUCAUGCCUUUUCUUAGGUGUUCGAUAUGCCCCACUUGAAAUGCAAGGCACAUGUCAAUGUGCUAUUCAAAUUGUUCCCACACUGCAGCGAGCAUGUCAUGAGUUAUAGCUUCCAUAGCUGUAGUUAUGCCAUGUCCCAGUUCAUUCAUUGUUGUUGGUAAUGGAGACACACAGAGUCAUUUAUAAACCCCCACAAGAAUUAAUCACAUACAAUCACGUCCGGUAACCUUGGAGGCCAGUAAUGUAAGGCUGAAUCAUUUGGUCCAGUGCGACAGAUCCAUCAUUCAGUAAUCCUUUGAUUUAAAAAUUCCCACACUUCCAGAUUCCAGUGUGGCGAUGCCUCAUCCUGUUGGUAAAUGAAGUCAUUCAAAUUAGUCUUCAACUGUGGGAAAAGGAAGUUCUCAAACAUAUUGAGAUAUGUGCUUGCUGUAACAGUGUUUUCGGCAAAGAAAACUGAACCAUGCACCUUUUGCUGUGAAACUGCACAAAACACGUUAAAUUUUGGAGAGCCCCUCUCAUGUUGUACAACUUCAUGUGGUUGUUCCGUACUCCAUAUUCUCACAUUAUGACGGUUCAUCUGUCCAUUUAAAUGGAAUGUCACUAAACUCUAAGCUUGGAGGAAAAGUCGGUAUGUCCAUCUUUGCAGAGAUCAUUGCGGAACUUGGCUGCUCGAUACAGGAUGUCAAAUCAAACACCUUUCAGCCGUCUAGUUUCCAGGCUUAUUUUAUUUGGCUACCAGUUUCGGCGAUUUACUAUGCCAUCUUCAGGUCCCUGACCAAUGUGUAGAAAGAUUCCGCCUCGGUUCUAGUCAAAACAGGAGCCAGCAUUCGAAUACUGGUAUUAGUAGAUUUCUGUUUGCUUUAGUGAUCACUUCAAUCAUCAACUGUCACCUUCAAUAUAGCCAAGAACGAAAUUACAGAACUCCACAUGUUGUUUGUCACCUUCACAAAGAGCCUGCAGUAGCUGAAUUUGGUAUGGUUUCAUGUGUAAACAUCGACGCAACGUAUGCCAGAUGGACUUCGGGGGCAUGUUGAGCUGCAUGCCGAACGGAUCCUUGUGAAACUGUGGUGGAUGCGUUUGACGUUUGUGUCAGACGAUUUGCCAUUACACAAAUAACCUGUUUCUCGGGAUUUGCCCAUGCCAUCGUCUAAUGCUCUGUGCUGUAGGAGGAUCCACAUCAUACCUAGUACGGAAGUCAUGCUGAACAGUUAUUACUGACCCGCACUGUGCAAAAGUAUAACACAAAAUGCUUUCUGUUGUCCCAACACCAUUUUUACUAGAACUGGAGGGGCGCACACUGCUGCUAUGUAGUGGGAACCAUGUAAAACUCAACGAGUUUGCUCUUCCCAAUAGUACGUUGUUCAUGCACGUAUCUCAAAGAACAUAAUAAUUAUGAUUUUUUAAAAAUUGGAUGAUUCUUUUUGAUACACCCUGUGUGCGUGUGUGUGUGUGUGUGUGUGUGUGUGUGUGUGUGUGUGUGUGUGUGUGAUAUAUAAAUGGGAAACAAAGUUAACACAAGUCUCGAAAAGUUGUUGACUGAUUUACUUCAAACUUUUACCCAAUACUCUAGCGUUUGGAUGGACAUAGGCAGAUAAGCUAUAUAUUUUGUAAUAUAUAUAAUAUAUACAGAUACAAGUAAUAUAUAAAGGGUGAAGCUUGGUUACCACAAAUCUCAAAAGGUUCUUUUCCAAUUUAAUUCCCAUUUUUACAUGAUACUCUUAUGAACAAUU